AAAUAUGGCGGAGCCGUUGACGUAUCGCAGCAGCUGACCUAAGCGGCCAAUGCGCGGUCGUUUUUGUCUAUGAAGUAAACGAGGACAGACGAAUAGAAACUGAGAAGUACACAGAGCGCACAAAUAAGAUUUGAGAGCCAUCCGUGCACAGCAGCGUCACAGCGCAUGCGUGCUGGACUACUAUGCUCGCGCUUCCUGUCGAACGGCACUACAAACCGGAGAGAUGAUGCUUCUGAAAGCAGCUAUAUCGCUUAUUAUCUUCAGUCCGAUGGCGUUUGGUCUAGUGGAGGAUCUCGAUGACACGUUGAAAGACAACAGAAUGGAUGACAUUUGGCUGGUGGAUUUUUAUGCACCAUGGUGUGGUUAUUGCAAGAAACUUGAGCCAGUGUGGCAGGAGGUAGGCGCUGAGCUAACACGUUCAGGGUCACCAGUCCGAGUGGGCAAAAUGGAUGCCACUGCAUAUUCAGGUGUGGCCUCUGAGUUUGGCGUGCGAGGAUACCCCACGAUUAAAAUGCUGAAGGGGGAGCUUGCCUAUAAUUACAAGGGCCCAAGAACCAAAGAUGACAUAAUCGAGUUUGCAAACCGGGUAGCAGGACCAGCUGUGCGAUCCCUCCCAAGCAGACAGAUGUUUGAACAUAUAUUAAAGAGGCAUAAUGUGCUGUUUGUGUAUGUUGGUGGGGAGUCGCCUCUCAAAGAGAAAUACAUUGAGGUGGCAUCUGAACUCAUCGUGUAUACGUAUUUCUUUUAUGCAUCUGAAGAUAUCUUGACUGAGUCUGUUACUUUGCCGGAAUUACCUUCAGUGCUUGUUUUUAAAGAUGGAACCUAUUUCACAUAUGAUGAGUAUGAAGAUGGCAGCUUGUCAUCCUGGGUAAAUCGGGAGCGUUUUCAAAGUUACAUGCAGAUCGAUGGCUUUACACUCUAUGAGCUGGGAGAAACAGGUAAAUUGGUGGCAAUUGCAGUUACUGAUGAGAAGGAUCAUACAGAGCAGAGUGUCAGGUUAAAAGGUUUUGUCCAGAGAGUUGCUACUGAGCACAAGGAACAGUUUAACAGGGACUUCCAGUUUGGCCACAUGGAUGGUAAUGACUACAUCAACAGCCUGAUAAUGGGUGAGGUGUCAGUGCCGAACAUCAUCAUCCUCAACACAUCAAAUGAGCAAUACUUCUUACCAUCCGAACCUGUGGAGAAUCUUCAACAGCUGCUCUACUUCUUUAACAGUGUACUGGAUGGCAGUGCUCCGGCUUUUGGAGGAGAUGGAAUAUUCCAAAGAAUCAAGCGUGUGGUUUAUGAUGCCAAAUCUACAAUAAUGUCUGUGUUUCGCAGUUCACCAGUAUUGGGUUGCUUCCUGUUUGGCUUGCCAUUAGGCGUCAUCAGUCUCAUGUGCUAUGGAAUCUGCACAGCAGAAUCUGAUGACAGUACAGACAACAUGGAAUUCAUGAAGAGAGAAGGGUUUACGGAUGAGGACGAAGAGGAGAGUGAAAAUGAGACGCAGCGUCAAAUUAAACACAAAGGAGAAGAAGAGGAGGAUGAAAAUGAAGAAGAGACUAAAGAAAAGGUUGAUUAAAAAAAUGAAUAAAUAUGAAUGUAACAAAUUGAAACGCCUCUGUAUUAGAGGAACUAUUGGUCUAGGUCUUUUUGACUGGUUUGGUUUUCAUUUGGUUAUUUACAGUCUUAAUUGACCUUUUAUUUUCUGAAUGUUUCCCCAAAUGUCAAAUUUAAACUGUAACUUGAUGAGGGUUGGGUAUAGCGUUAAAUUUUGUUCUGUGUAGUUUAAGGGUAGAUAAUAUCCAGUCAGUCACAAAUGGCACACAAAAUGUUAAAAACACAGUUCGCCCAAUUACUCACCCUCAUUUCAUCCUAAGUGUACAGGACUUUAUUUAUUCAGCUGGACACAAUCAGUCAUAUUAAAAAAUACCAUUGACCUUCA